AUGCCAAAAAUAGCUUGGCCGGUUUCUUUUGGGUCACCCUGUAAUGGAAAAAUUCAACGUGCUUCAAUAGCUAGUGCCUUUGAUGAAUAUAAAGGCAAAACUUGUAUUCGAUUUGUGCCUAGACAAGAAUCAGAUCCAGAUUUUAUUUAUAUAAAGAGGAAUAAUGCUUUUGGUUGUUCUUCUUAUGUUGGCCGUGCAGGGGGAAAUCAAACAGUUUCUUUAGAAGUAGACAAAUGCUUUUCUAAAGGAAUUAUUGCCCAUGAGUUAAUGCAUGCCCUUGGAUUCUUCCACGAACAUUCUCGUACUGAUCGAGACGAUUUUGUUGAAAUACAAGAAGAAAAUAUUCGUCCCGGAAUGUUGCGAAACUUUGAAAAAUAUCCCCGAAAAAUUAUAGAUCCAUUAACUAUGCCCUAUGAUUAUGAUUCUGUGAUGCAUUAUCAUAAAUUGGCAUUCUCUCGUAAUGGAAGGCCAACAAUUGUGCCGAAGAAAGGAGACGCUGAAAUUGGACAGAGGUAUAUUUUUAAUAAGUUUAUUACUAAUAAAAUUAUUUGUAUGUAG